UUUAACUAGAGCUCGGAGGGUUUACUAGAGUACGAACGUAAAUUGCCUAGUGUCAAAAAUGUUAGAGCAUAUUCCUGCAUCUGUAGAGGUUCCAUUCCAAGACCUACCUAUACCUACCUGUACCUACUUGUUUUGCACUUGUUAAUUGUUUACGAAAAAAAAUGAACUGAAUUCUGUAGAUUUUUCUUCGAUUACCAUUUAUUUGUUGGAAAAUAUGAUAUUUAUUAGAAAAUAUUUAAGUGAAAGUAUUUAAAUUUAUCGGCAUGCAUUUGCUCAGAAAUGUCAGAGAUAAAGUAUAAAAAUCAAAUUCUAGCUGCAAUAGAUCAUUUGCGUUCCCGAAAAUCACGACCAGACAUAAACAGAAUUUGCAAAUUUAUGAUAAAGUGUUAUAAAGUAGCUCCAAAAGAUACUAAAGCGGAUCUGAAACGUUGUCUGAAGGAAAAAAGCAUUUAUAAAGUCGAUUAUAAAGAUAAUGUGAGCUACAGAAACGCAGCGAAGUGGAGAAAAAAAUCAGCACAAAAUAGCAAGAUGAGUAAUAAUACAACAGUAGCCAGCAGUGAACGGCGAAUCAUAACAUCAGCAAUUGCAACUUUAAUAUAUCAAGAUCAAAGUUACUUGGAAAAUGGCAUAGCAUUUGAUGAUCUUGUAAAAGUUGCUGCAUCGCAGGAGCCUAAAUAUUCUAAGAAACAAUUGGAAGCCAUUAUCAAUAAGGAAUUGACAUCUGGGAGUUUGGUGAAGUUACCAAAUGGCACUUUGGCUCUUGGGCCGGCUGAUCAUGAUGUUGAUAACACUGAUAGUUUCAGAUUUGAAUAUACAGAUUCAAACACAAAAAUGACUUCUUCAGCCAAUUCUUCAUGCAGGUCGUCACCUCAGCGCAUGAGGGGAAGACCUAAGAAACGCGGAGGUGGAGCGUCCAGUAACAGUACACACAGUAGCGUCACAAACAAUGCUGGUGUGAGAGUUGGUGAGAGACGUAAGAUGGCCAAAAAAGUAUUUGAUCCCUCCGACAAUAAUGUUCCUAGCAAACGCAAAAGAGGCAGGCCUGUUGGAUCUCUUAACAAAAGUACAAUAAAGAAGAGAUUAAUGAUAGCUGGUAAAGACAAAGAAGACAACUUAUUAUCUGAUAGCCAACGCUCUAUAGAUGGCAGCGCAGAUGAAAUAGAACAAGACGAUCCACCCCAACAUGAAACGUCUGGAGUCUGUUCUGUUUGUAGGGUGCAGAAACAAAGAGGCUCAAAUGAUAGACUGGUCGAGUGUAGAGAUUGUAAUAACAAAGCUCAUUUGAGUUGUUUACAAUCUGGUUCCGGUAUUUUAAAACCUCGUCCAGAUAACACAUGGCAGUGUCCACAUUGCAAGACUUGUGUAGUGUGUUGUGAGACUAAUGAUGCUGGUACAUUAACUGUAUGCAGUAUAUGCUCUGAUGCGUAUCAUGCCCUGUGCCACACACCACGGAUACCUGAAAGGCUGAAGGCGUGGGACCAAUGGGAAUGCAAUAACUGUCUAGAAUCUCGCCCUACAGUUGUAGGAUCCCCUGCUAUAAUACCAAGCAGUGUAGAAUAUAGUAAAAGAGCCUCACCUGUGGUUGAUCCAUUUUUAAAGCCACAUGAGUUAGAUAGGGCAGCCACUAAAUUAUUUGAUGAAGCUCCUGUAGAUCCAAGUAUACCAGAUAUAAGUAACUGGAAUGUUGAUGAUGUAUACGAGUACUUUACUGAACAUUUCCCUGAAGCAGCACCAAUUUUAAGAGAACAGGAGUUUGAUGGUCAAGCUUUAAGUAUGGCGCGCCGAGCUGAUAUAGUUAGAGGCUUGGGAUUGCCUCUUGGUCCUGCAUUAGCACUAUAUAGAAUUGUAGUGAAACUACAGACGAGAAAAGAUGAUUGGACAAUGUGUUGGGGAUGAAGAAGUACAAUAAAUUGCCAUGAAUAUUAGUCAAUACUUGAGAAUAGUAUUUGUAUGUGUUAGUAUUUUAGUUAAAUAAAUUUUUAAUUAUU